AUGUCGUUUCCGGUCACGUGACCAGAAGUAUUAGAAAAACGGUUUAGUGUGAAAUGAAAACAAAUCUCGGGUAUUUUAUGUCGUUGUCAACGAUUCAUAAAUGUACUUAGUAAGUAUGAGAUGCAGCGUUGAUGCUCAGAGUCAGAUGAGAAGGCAAUUCAUUUACACGACUAGUUAUCGACAAUAUUCCACCAGUAUUGGUUCUAUCAUUUAGACAGAUAGAAGUUUGGAAUCUAUAUAUGUAUGUCAUAUAUAUUUAUUGUCUUCCACAACAGUACCCGCGGAUUCUUGAAUCAGACUGCAAGGUACUGACGUGUUGGCUAUCCAUUAUGGGUAUUUGCCGACGCAGAGUACAUGCCUGCGUGAUUUUUUCAAGGUGACCGUUCAAAAAAAGGACCAUAGUCAUGAACGAUUCGGACCAGGACUUUGUUGACCUCUGCUCAAAGCUGCUGAAACGUUCUCGCAAGAAAGGAUUCGAGCCAAAACAUAGGCGAGCCGACCAGCAGAUAUCUUGUCAGACCAGCGAUGGAGACCAGAGAGGAAACGAGGAGAGCUCUGGGUCUCGGCGUGUCCAGAGCGAAGCACAACAGGUCAUGGGAAACACGGGCAAGGUUGUGCAUGAUUCAGGAGAUACUGUGUUAACCUCAACACAAACAACAGAACCGGGCUCGGGGACAAAAGACAAAUUGCUCAGCAGGAUGCAACUGUUCAAGAGAGCCAAUCUGCCAAAGAUGGUGCACGAUGUGGAUCAUGGCAGGGUACCCUAUCCUCCACUGUCAGAAAUACUACAUUCGUCCACUUCAGAGCAGCAUCUGAGGACUCACGACGGUGAUGAGGUUCUGGCCAUGCAGCUGCAGCACCAACUUGACCAUGAGGUGGCAGAGGUCCACACAAUGGACUUGGCGGCUGAGGGUCUGUUCUUCUGUCACAUCUGUCAAAGAGACUUAUCUCACAUGACACCCGAGCAACGCACGCAGCACAUCAACAGGUGUUUGGAUGACAGUGAGCAUCAAAUGGCUCCUCCUCCUCCUCCUCCUCCUCCUCCUCCUCCUCCUCCUCCUCCAAGUGUCCCUGACUGUCCAAUUUGUGGCAAGAAAUUCAAGUCGCACAAGAGUCGCUCCGUCCACUUGAAGCGUUGCUCGGCAGCCAUGGGUGUCACUCCUGCCGACCUGCUGCAGGCGCUCCAGAGGCAGGCAGAAGAGACGCAAAGUGACGUGACCGAUGCAAUUACACAGACUGGAGGCACCAAAAGGAAAGGUGUAACUGCAGGCGCAGCAGCCAGAAAGAAGCCCAGGAAAAAGGCUGAACCCCUGGAUGAAAACACCAUGGUGGCCCUGGCUCUGUCAUCCUCCCUGUUGGAACAGGAGAGGGAGCAGCAGCAUGCGGCAAGAACACAAUCCAUGGCCUCUGAUUCCUCCAUGAUGCCUGUUUUGAAGUGGAGGACAGAUGCGGGUAAUGGGCGUGGUAAGAGGAAAAAGGGCACAGUUCCUCGUCCUCCUCCAAUCCUGCUCAUCCAGGAUGCCGAUGCGGCCCUGAUGAGGCUGCAGGAACGAGUUUCUUCCCUCCUCCUACGUAGUCGAGCUCCUUCUCCGCCUACCCCAACCCGCUGUCCCAGCACCUUGUCUGCCUUGAGCGACGCUGCCCCGCUGUGGCAAAAGAGUGCAUUGCUGAAUGGACAUACCACCAGUGUUUUCGACUUCUUCGUCCCGGAGCUCAAAGACUUCAUCACACCGUGGGAAUCAGCAAAAACUCUCUCCUCUGCCUCCGAAACCAACGACAAGGCUUCCAUCUUGUCCUCCUCCCAGACGCCCGCCUGCUCCUCAACCCCCUCCACUCCAACCACGGAAGAUCUCCCAGCGAACAGUCAGGCCCUGCAAGACCUAGUGGAGCUGUCUGAAAUGGCCCAUGGUGACUAUACUGCUCCUGUCCCCGAUAAAAACACAACCUUGUCCACAGACCUUCAAGUGAGUGGCUUCUUUCUUGACGAAACAAAUGACAUAUGUGUGAGUGGUGGACCACCGGCAAUGACGCACACCAAUGCAGAUGACUUCCAGAGCCAAGCAGGAAGGACUUUAUGUCAGCCAGGAGCAAGUGAAGAGAGCAGAAGCCAUUUAUCAGUGGCGCUAUCCACCCUGGCAUCAAAUCUGAGCAGCAUGGUGAACAACCCUCAGCUGAGUGACUGGCAACUCCAGGUGGACAGUGGCCAAGUCUUCUAUGCGCAUUCCUUCAUGAUUUAUGCACGCUGCCCCCUCCUGGCAGAAAUGAUGCAUGAAAGUGGAUUUGGUGUGCAUGAGGAGGGAAUUCCCGCAGCUCAAAGGGUGUUGAUCAGUGAUGUCCCAGGACAGGCAGUGCUGGUUCUGCUGCAGUAUCUUUACACUGCUCGCUUUUCCCUUCCAGCGUCAUUACGUCCUCAUGUACUGGAGUUGGCAUCCAGGUUUGAUCUACAGGAGCUGCGCCAGCUAUGUGAACUUCAUAUUGACGAAGCUUCAACUCAGAAUGCUGAUGGAGCCGCCACAAGCCACUUGGAUUAUCUCAGUAAUGACACAGAAAAGAACUUAACAGCGCUCUUCAAUUCCAUGUGGAGCCACGAAGACGAUACGGACCGAGAAGGGGGUGACGAGAGCCGUCUCGAAAAAGCUGCUGGCAGCACAUCAGGUGACAGGGACCUCCACGAGGAGCAGGUGAAUGAGGAAGAGCUGGAUGAGAUUUACGAGUUUGCCGCCACACAGAGAAAGAGGGAUGAGGAGAAGCCGAGCACAGGAGAAAGUGAGGGGGACAAUACAGAGAUGACAAGCAAACUAACUGAACCAAGAGAAACUCCAGGGAGAUGUAGUGACAGAAUCCCUCAGUCUGAAUCGGAAUCACUUCCAGACCACAGGCUUGACAGCAGCUACAAUCGUCUCUUCUCAGACUCUGAGGGGGUCUACAAAGACGAAGAACAACCAUCCAUCUGUCCUCCUUCAUCUACUUCACCAAGAGCACAAACGCAUCAUACUCUCUUGUUCAAAUUAUCUGGUAGAACCUUGCUUCAGUCGUCAGCAAGUUUAGGCAGUGACAUUUCCCCCAUUGCAUCAAACUUGCCCGACCCUGGUGUGUCCCCGGACAGGGAUGGUGAGUACAGCCCUAUGAGAGUCACGGAAAUAGCUACUGUUGGACAGGAAUCUCCGAAGCAAGAUACGCCUCUCGAACCUCAAAGCCCAGUUAGCGGUAGUAUUUGUGUCCCACUGCUUUUUAAUUCACCGAAGAAAAACGAGCCAGAACUGAUAGUUUUGUCAGACUCAAGCGAGGACAUGGAGGUACCUGUUGCUGAUCCCACUGCCCAGAGUCCUGUCUUGUCACAUUCCCACACAAAGCAGAGCUUCACUCACUUAAAGCCAACAGAGUCCUCUAUGGAGAAGAAGCAGUCUAGAAAUUUGGAGUGCAGCUUCGGUGACUUAAGUCAGUCUCCUGACCAACCGAAUCAAGGAGAUUGUUCGCCGGAGCUCUCCUGGCUCCUCCCCUCCACACCAGUCAACACGACUCCCAGAAGAACAAGCUUGGACAGUUCUACACAAACCAAAGUCAGCAUGCGGAAGACAGAGCUUUUUCCACAGGAGUUUAGCAACACAUGUAAGAUCUCCAACAGUCCCACCUGUAUUUCAACCCGUGUUGGCACAGUGGAGGGAAGUGGUUCUCGGCUCAACCCGGAAAGAGCAGAGGUGGAGUCGCCGGUGUUUGCGGAGCCCCAGCUUGCCUACUUCUCAAGCGUUUCUACUCACCUCCACGAGUCUUCAAAGCAAGAGACGCCUCUCCAGGUCUGCGUUGACCCUUACAGCAGCACCCCUCUGCACCUCCAUCACCGUAUCCGGCCCAACCCCACGCUGCCCGACGCAGGGCCUGACACGCCAAAGUCACUUAUUCAAGAACACGAAAGCCCUGAGAAGAUGCAAUUGGAGAGCAUUCAUCUCUCCCCUUUUCCUGACCCUUCAGAACCACAUUCUUCUACCGCUCACAGAAGUGUUCUGAGUUUAGAGAGACCCGGUAAGUGCUCCAGCCAAAAUUCUGCUCGCGCCAACAGUCACAACAGCACAGGAUUUAAACCAACAAGGAGUGUAAGAGCAAGUGAAGAUGGAAAGGUCACAGAGUUGGAUGAUGGCCACAUAGAAGAAGCAACAAGCGACAAAAGUUUUGACCACAGCUUGCUGGCCAUGUACGAGCCGUCAAUGGCGUUCAACGACUCGUGGGGUCUCAACGCCUGCGAUGACGUCGCAGGGAACCCGGGAGGCUUUAGUCUGAGACUAGAGGACAGUGGAGGAUGCAGCCGGCCAGUGGACACGGCAGCCUCGUCCACCACCUCUCACUCACCGACAUCUUAUCAAGAUCGUGCAAGUGGCGACCAAGAAGCUAAAAAUCUGACUUCACAGCCAUCUACGAGUAAAGAGAAUCAGAUCUUCAAGCCUCCAACACCUCGCCCCAUUACCGAUAUUCCACCAGAGAUAAGUGACAGCCUUCUGAUCGCCAACGUGUGGGACAGCUCGGAGGAGGAAGAGGAGAUACUUCCUCUUUCUCAAAGGCUAAACCCUUCUGUCCAACUAAAAACGACACCUCCUCCUCGCAAUAAGAAGCAUCGCACUCUGGUGCCCAUCACGCCAAUGCCUCACUACUCUGACAUGGAUACGCCUGAACUAAAAAACAAACUUGACAGGUUUGGUGUCCGGGCAUUACCGAAGCGCCAGAUGAUCCUCAAGUUGAAAGAGAUCCACCAGUACACCCACCAGCUUGUCAACUCGGACAGUGAAGAUGAGGCGCCCUGCGUCGGGCCUGUAGCCCAGACAGAGGCCGUUCACUCCAAGUCUGGCGGCAGGCAUGUAGCCUUGGAACAGAAAGUCCAUUUUAAAGAUUCGGCCGCUUCCUUCUCUCCAGCGAAAAACACCCAAGAGGAGGAGGACGUGGAACCGCCGUCCAACUCUCAAGACUCCAAUGCCUCUACAGCUACUUCAAGUGAAGAAUCUGAAAGGCACAACCCGGAACUGUGUCUUUCCUCUGGCGGUGACUCAGACAGCGAUGGCGGGAUAUCGGCUUCCCAAGCGGCCACUCGCCUUGAAGAUCGCCUGCAGGCCGUGCGCUCCUUCAUCCUGUCCGACUCCAGCCUGUACAGUCAGAUCCUGCAGUACCAGCCUCUGGUCCUGUCUCAACUACAGGAGCGUCUGAAAGCCGCAGGCAUCCGCCUCGGUGCCGCCAAGCUGGUCAACUUUCUUGACUCCCAGUGCAUCACUUUCACCACGGCGAAACCGGGGCAAGCCGCACCCACUCGCAGACGCGUCAGGAAAACGGGCAAGAAGGCAAAAGCAGCAGGGAAAUGAGUGAUUGAGGCAGAACUUCCAAAGCUCUUACGGUGUCAUCAGGCAGAAAAAAAAA